AAUUUGAAGACACUGACCAUAAAAUUGAAUGGUUUGAAUCUAAAUUAAUUUUAAAUUAUACACCUAAUUUUUCCAUGACCCGCACCUGGACUGUAGUUCAAUUGGUCAGAGGACCGCCCUGUGGACUGGCCUGGAUUUGAAUUUUCUUCAACUUCUUGAGGAUUUUAGCAUAUAGAUGGACUGGCCUUGAUUUGAAUCUUGAUUUCAUUUUUCGAAACAUUUAGAAUCUUUUGUUUUGUGUGCAUCUCAAUUAUUUUCUUCGGCUUCUGUAUUAGUUUCAAUGAGGAAGCCGAAGCCACCUCCUGAUCAUGAUCAUCCUCAACCUCCCUCAAGAAACCGCGUCCAAUCAAAUCAUAAUACAUUGUCAGCUGAUCCCCACGUACGCCAGGCUCUCUAUAUAGCCAUGGCACAUGCUGGCAUUGCCCUCACAAUAUUCAUUCUUUAUGCUGUUGGUAAAUUGCUUCAAGAUUAUUUGAGACCUCUCUUAUGGGCUGUCCUUUGUUCGAUACCAUUGAGGGGAAUUCAGCAUGCUCUUGUUGCAUUUUGGUCCGAACCUCUAAAACUAGGCCUUACAGAGACCAUAUUAGCCGUCCCCGUGGCUGUAUUGAGGGUAUCAGUUGGAACACUUGUGGAAAUUAAGGAUAUGGUAUACAGAGUUGUACAUAGGAGGCAGAAACAACAUAACGCUUUAAGGCGUCAUAGAAGUGGAUUUUUUAUAUUGUUGAGAUGGCUCGUGUCGUUUUGGGUGUUUGUGAUAACAUGUGAGCAAAUUGGUGGUGUUGGAUCAGUGGCUCUUCUUGCAUUUGGAUUCAUGUUCACAGCUAAUAGUGUAGACUCUACUAUCAAUGCUGUGACAUCUCUUAGAAGUCAGAGCUUUCGGAGACUUCCUAUAACUGCUUUCUUUACUCGAGGGAUAUUGAAAAAACUGAAAACCAUUGUGGCUAUCGGAUUGAUUGUCGGAUUGAUUCUUGGAUCGUUAGCAGGUAUGAUUUUCUUCUCUUACAAAAUUGGAGUUGAAGGGAAAGAUGCAGUUUUCGCGUUGAAAUCCCAUGUAGAGGAGAGCAAUUAUGCUGAGAAAAUUGGUAUUAGGAAAUGGAUCGAUGAACAUGAUGUCCCGGAGAUGGUUGAUAAGUACAGUAAUCAGUUGUGCCAGACAGUGCUUGAUCAGAUAGAUAGCUAUGCUAUGCAAUAUAAUAUGACUGAGUUCGUUUCGGGUAUCAAGCAAUUUGUAAUAACCCCCGCGAAUAACUCUUCUGAACGAUCCACAGCUUUGGCAUCCCGCUCUCCAUAUACUAAGAAGAUCCUGAGCCUGAAAAGGAGAAUUAAGGAUCGUGAAUGGGGGCAAAUAUAUACAGAAGUUGAUGCAAUUUUUCGGGAACUGUUGAUCACUAGAGUGGACUUAGUUGAAAAGGCGAAAGGAUUUGCUCAACGUGUACUUGUUAGUAGCAAAUCCGUUUUAGGUGGUAGUGUGAAGGUCAUAUUCUUGAUUGGGAAUUCGAUAGUAUCAGGAGCUGCAGGGCUUUUCAAUUUUGUGUCUCAGACGAUAUUAUUCUUUUGGGUACUUUAUUAUCUUAUCACAACAGAAUCUGGUGGAGUAACAGAACAAGUGAUAUCUAUGCUUCCCAUUUCGCGUUCUGCAAGGACUCGUUUUAUUGAGGUUCUUGAUAAAGCUAUUUUCGGAGUUCUUUUAGCAACUGCUGAGAUUGCUUUCUUCCAAGGAUGCUUAACUUGGCUCUUGUUCAGAUUAUCUUCGAUACAUUUUUUGUACAUGUCAACUGUCCUUGCUUUCGUUAGUCCUUUGUUUCCUAUAUUCCCCUCAUUGGUUUCGACUAUCCCAGCAGCUUUACAGUUAGUUCUUGAAGGUCAAUAUAUGUUGGCUAUUAGCUUAUCCGUUAUUCAUCUUGUGCUUAUGGAUUUCGGUGCAUCUGAAAUCCAAGAAGACUUCCCCGGUUAUAGUGCAUAUCUCACCGGUCUCAGCAUUAUUGGUGGCGUGACAUUGUUUCCUUCAGCAGUUGAGGGAGCAAUAAUGGGGCCAUUAAUAACAACAGUUCUCAUUGCAAUCAAAGAUUUGUAUGUUGAGUUCGUUUUGGAAGGACAAGAGGAAUAAGUAUAACAAAUGUAUAAGUUGCUAAUGCCUGGUGUGAUCCUCAGAAGCCAUAAGGAGAAGUGUUGCAACUUUGUUUGAUAGGGGAAAUGUUAUAUGCCUCAACGUCUUCGCGAUUGAAGUUCUAUUAUGUCCCCUGUCUGCAUCAUAUCAAUGUUCAACCAGAAAAAUGUCUCGUUAUGUCCCCUGUCUGCAUCAUAUUAAUGUUCAACGCGAAAAAUGGCUCGAGAUUUAAUUCUUUCUGCAAAAUAUGAUCUGUUAAUUUGUGUACACAAAUUGCUAGUUUUGUGGCUAAUAGCUAGUUAGAUGCAAGUAGGUUAUACACUUGUGUGUUA